CUGUAUCGUAAUAAACCUACUCACCAUCCAACAAUUAGCAAAGCCGAAGAAACAGGAAUCAUGGAGAAAUAUCUUAAAGACAACAAUGGUGAUCCCGGUUCAAGCAUCAAUAACAAAAUAGAUGGACUAUUCUUUAUGGCAACACCAAAAACAACAUCGGGACAAAUACCAGAUGAGAGUUUUUUCGGCAACUAUAGAAUAAUGAUCCCACCUGACUAUCUUGUCCAGGGUUGUAAUCUUUACUUUGCUGAUUUCACUUGUUUAACUGGAAAAUCUCACUACAUCACUCUAGUUUUAACUAAAGUUAAUAGUAAAGAGGAUAGAUAUUGUCGCUAUAGAUUAGUUCAACUUGAUUUUGAUGAUAAUCCAUUUUUCUACAAGGAACGUGGUGUAUUUUAUGUUCCCCUUGCACACUAUUUACAUGUUGAAAUAUUAUACACUGAAAAUGUGGAUCUG